AUGCUGUUACUACAGUUGCCUUUCUCUUUUUUUUUCUUCCACCUACUUUGUUAUAGUUUUUUUUCUUUUCGUUUUCUCCCCGUCCCUUUGCUACAUUCUUUUCCUUUCUUUUUUUUUCUUCCUCUCCCAUUACUACAGUUAUUUUGCUUUGUUCCCCCCCCAUCCUUUUGCUACAUUCUUUUCCCUUCUUUUUCUUCCUCUCCCUUACCACAGUUCUUUUUGUUUAAUUUUUCUCCCCCUUGCUUUACUACAUUAUUUUCCCUUCUUUUUUUUCUUUAUUUCCCAAAACGUCUUUUAUUUCCGUUUUUUUUUCUUUCUUUUUUCUCCAUUGUAAAUCUUCAAAUCACAACGUCUUCAGUCCACUCCUCUUCUUACAUUUUCCCUUUUCCUCGUGUUUUUGAAAAUCCUCUUUCUCCUCCAUUUUCACUUUCUUUUCUUCCUUUUUCACAUCUUUCUCGUUCUUUCUUUUUCUCUUCUCGUCGAGCCGUGUUCACUAUUCAUCAUUUCUUCUUAUCUGAGAUUCUUCUUAAUAAACAUACAGAAAAGCAGCGUACUACAUUAAAACUGGUUUCAUUGUCACCCCUCACUCUCUCUCUCUUUCUCUCUCUUUCUUUCUUUCUUUCUUUCUUUCUUUCUUUCUUUCUUUCUUUCUUUCGCAAUCGCUCUCUCUCAAUUUCUCUCUCUCUCUCUUUCAAUAUAUAUUUUUUGUCUCUGUAUCUCUCUCUCUUAACGUCUUUUUCUCUCUGUCUCAAUAACUCUCUCUUUAUCCGUUUCUCUCUUACCUAUGGUCUCUGUAACUUCAAAUUCUGUCAUAUACUAUGA